AUGAAUGGCGAGGGUACGAACGAGUUCGCUAGUGAGGCAAGCUUGUCAACACAGAAACAUGAACAUAGCCAGAAUUUCAGUCGGCUGAAGACAUCACUCGGGGCAUUCUACUAUCCGUGGGCAGCAAGAAACAGACCUUUGUCGACUUGA